AUGGCUGUUCAGUGCCGUUCAGCUUCCAUUCCAUUUUUCUCUGUGAUGCUCCAGUUCGUACUUUACAGCUUCCGCCUGGGAGCCGCCCUGCCCCCCUUCCUGGGCUGCAGCAGCCGCUGGAGUUAUUGCUGUGCGCCUAGAAACUCCGCCGGAUCCUCGCGGCCUCAGAUCCAGUACACAUUUGCCAAGUGCCGUGCGGUCGGGGAUGGUGAUAAGAACUCUCCUCCGCGAGUAAAGUUCACGCUGCCCGCUGCUCCCCUCGGUGCGGCCGUGGGGCCGCCAGGAUACAAACUCCGGGAGGGAGGCGGCCCAGGCUCCGAGAGGCUAGAGCUCCGGGACGGGUUUUCCCUGAAGCCUUCAGUGGCGGCGCUGUCGAGCGAAAGCGGCAGAGAGACUGCCGCCGCCGCCGCGGCUAGUUCUCUUCCCCUCCUUCUUUGUGAGGGUAAGAGAGCGAGUCCGUUCCGCGGCCUGCGUCCGCUCCGUAUUCCACUCCGGGUUUGCCAGGCGGCCGCGACGGUGCUGGGUAAAAUGGCAGUGCUGAGCCUCGUGUCGGACAGCUUCGGCCACAGCUGCGGCCGAGGAGGGGAGGCAGGGCGCCCGGCCAGGCCCUUGCUCCGACUCUGCCUCCCGGCGCCCGGGCUGCUGCCGCGCGCCCUCCAGCCCGCCCGUCCCGGGUCCCCCUCCCCCCGCUCCCUCCCUCCCCGCUCCCCUCCCCCUCGCAAGGGCUUGGGGGGGAAUGAGCCGGGAGAGCCGGGUCCCGAGCCUUCAGAGCCGGGAGCAGCUGAGCCGCCGGCGCCUCGGCCGCCGCCGCCUCCUCCUCCUCCGCCGCCGCCAGCCCGGAGCCUGAGCCGGCGG